ACGUCAAUCUUUUAGUUCAAGCAAGACAGGCAGGUAUGAAGUAAACCUCAGCACACUGCAUAUCGUGUAGUUACACCGAGAUCGCUCGUUUGAUAAAUAUACCGGCGAGCAGCCCGCCCUGCAGGAUCCAUCCUCUGGGCCGCCGCGUCUUCGGUAAAACGGCAAAAGCCGCAAAGUGGUACUUGUUCACUCCAGACUCUUUUUCUCUAUCUCUCUCUCUCGCGGAGUUUACAUACCGACCAAUUCAACUUCGACUUUGUGACCACAGCAGAAUCUAAAGUUGUAGAUAGCACAAACCACUUGUACAUGAAAUAGUUAAGUCGGAUUCAACUUAGCUUUAUAUCAAAUACCUUUAAGCAAAAUGGUCCGUCCGAAACUCUCUGAAAACCGCUCCCUAGCAAUCCUCAACAAAGCCCGCGAUGGAGGGUAUGCUGUCCCAGGAAUGUGCUGCUACAACAUCGAAUCCAUAAUCGCCACGGUCCGCGCUGCCGAAGCUGCCAGGUCUCCUGCCAUGGUCCUGCUAUUUCCCUGGGCCAUCGAGUACGCCGGCGCGUCCCUCGUGCGCGCAGCUGCUGACGCCGCACACAACGCCAAAGUUCCCAUCAGCCUGCAUCUGGACCACGCGCAGACGCCGGAGCUCGUACGGCGCGCGGCGGAUAUCGAGGAUGGGUUUGACAGCAUCAUGUGCGACAUGAGCCAUUAUGAGAAGGACGAGAACCUGGCUCUAACUAGGGAACUAUCCGUGUACUGCCACGAGCGCGGCAUCACUACAGAAGCCGAGCCCGGCCGGAUCGAAGGCGGGGAAGACGGCGUGGCGGAAACGGCCGAUCUAGAAGCCAUCUUAACUACCCCUGAGCAAGCACAAGAGUUCGUCGCCACAGGAAUCGAGAUGCUAGCGCCGGCCUUCGGCAACGUGCACGGGGAGUACGGGCCGCGGGGGAUCCAGCUGGAAUACGAGCGGCUGGAGUCUAUCAACAAAGCUGUUGGCGAUAAGGUGCGAUUAGUGCUGCACGGCGCGGAUCCCUUCACAGAAGACAUCUUCAAGCGAUGCAUCAAAGCGGGCGUGUCCAAAGUUAAUAUCAAUAAAGGCAUGAAUAAGCAUUACGCCGCCGUGCAGGAUGAGAUGCGCGGCAAGCCCCUAACCAGCGUCAUCGAGGCUGGUACCGAUAGGAUGCAGGCCGCUAUCGAACAGUAUAUGCGUUGGCUUGGUAGCGCCGGUAAGGCGUAAGAAAGCGAUACAACCUAGGUUGAAGGGUUAAACAAAUACCACUUUCUUUAUAUUACAUUACUUAGGCACGUUCAUACAUGGACACGCGUAGCUCUUGUUGAUACACAAAUAUGUAGGUACCUAGGCGAAUU